GUGACCUCAGAGCCCCUCAGAAACAUGGCCCCCAGAGCGUUCUUCCGGAAGCGGUCACGGGCAGCUCCGUGACGCAGGACAAGUUAGAGCGUCCCGUGGGGUUUCCAUGGUGCUGUCUUCAGCCCCCAGUCUCUCCGCCUCCCCUUCGGCCUGAGCGCCGCGAACGGCAAAGCAGGCGGCCGAUGCCAGCCGCGACGUAGCCGCCGCCAGGGAAGGGGUCUGGCGGGCGGGUGACGCUCUGGGCGAGCGCGCCCUCACCUCUAUGGUGUCGAGCCGUCCAGCGCGCCGCUCCCGGGCGUCGGGGAGGACGCUGGCGCUUUAAUCGGGGAGGGUGGUGCCUAGGAAGUCCCGCGAGAUCUGCGGGGCGCGGGGGGCGGUGCCGAGGCUGGGGGCCCGUGGUGGAUGGAGCCCGCGAUGGAGCCGGAGACUUUGGAGGCGCGAAUCAACAGAGCCACAAACCCCCUGAACAAGGAGCUGAACUGGGCCAGCAUCAACGGCUUCUGUGAGCAGCUCAACGAGGACUUCGAGGGGCCUCCGCUUGCUACCCGGCUGCUGGCACACAAGAUCCAGUCCCCGCAGGAGUGGGAGGCGAUCCAGGCCCUGACGGUGCUGGAGACAUGCAUGAAGAGCUGCGGCAAGAGGUUCCACGACGAGGUGGGCAAGUUCCGCUUCCUGAACGAGCUCAUCAAGGUUGUGUCUCCCAAGUACCUGGGCUCCCGGACAUCAGAGAAGGUAAAGAACAAGAUCUUAGAGCUGCUCUACAGCUGGACGGUCUGCCUGCCUGAGGAGGUGAAGAUCGCAGAGGCCUACCAGAUGCUGAAGAAGCAGGGCAUUGUGAAAUCUGAUCCCAGGCUUCCAGAAGAUGCUGUCUUUCCCCAGCCCCCUCCUCGGCCCAAGAAUGUGAUUUUUGAAGAUGAAGAGAAGUCCAAGAUGCUGGCACGCCUGCUGAAGAGCUCUCACCCCGAGGACCUCCGAGCAGCCAACAAGCUCAUCAAGGAGAUGGUACAGGAGGACCAGAAGCGCAUGGAGAAGAUCUCAAAGCGGGUGAACGCCAUCGAGGAGGUGAACAAUAACGUGAAGCUGCUGACAGAGAUGGUGAUGAGCCACAGCCAGGGCAGCGCAGCAGCUGGCAGCAGCGAGGACCUCAUGAAGGAACUGUAUCAGCGCUGUGAGCGGAUGAGGCCCACACUAUUCAGACUGGCCAGCGACACGGAAGACAAUGAUGAGGCCUUAGCAGAGAUCCUGCAGGCCAAUGACAACCUCACCCAGGUGAUCAACCUCUACAAGCAGCUGGUGCGGGGUGAGGAGGUCAAUGGCGAUGCCGCGGCCAGCUCCAUCCCUGGGAGCACCUCGGCCCUGCUGGACCUCUCAGGCCUGGACCUCCCUCCUGCUGGCACUAACUACCCAGCUGUGCCCACCCAUCCUGGCAACCAAGCAAGUCCUGAGCGGUCCAGCGCGUCAGUUUCCCUGCUUGAUGACGAGCUCAUGUCUCUGGGCCUGAGUGACCCCACGCUCCCUUCAGGCCCCAGUUUGGAUGGAGCUGGAUGGAACAGUUUUCAGUCUUCAGAUGGCGCUGAGCACCCAGCCCCUGCUCUGGCCCAGGCCCCCAGCAUCGACAGCCGGCCCGCAGCACAGACGCCUCUGGCCACGAGCAGUGGCUUGGAUGACCUAGACCUCCUGGGGAAGACCCUUCUGCAGCAGUCGUUGCCCCCCGAGGCCCAGCAAGUGCGGUGGGAGAAGCAGCAGCCAGCCCCCCGGCUGACACUCCGUGACCUGCAGAACAAGAGCACGUCCAGUUCACCGAGUUCGGGUCCUGCCAGCCUCCUCCACGCUGGGUCCCCAGAGCCUCCGGGGCCUCUGCAGCAGCCCAUGCCUACUGAGCUGUCCCUCGCCAACGUCACUGUGCCCCUCGAAUCCAUCAAACCCAGCAGCAUCCUGCCCGUGACUGUGUAUGACCAGCAUGGCUUCCGAGUGCUCUUCCACUUCGCCCGGGACCCGCUGCCGGGGCGCUCAGAUGUGCUGGUGGUGGUAGUUUCUAUGCUGAGCACUGCUCCACAACCCAUCCGCAACAUCGUUUUCCAGUCUGCCGUCCCCAAGGUCAUGAAGGUGAAGCUCCAGCCACCGUCAGGCACAGAGCUUCCCGCGUUCAACCCCAUCGUCCACCCCUCAGCCAUCACCCAGGUCCUGCUGCUUGCCAACCCACAGAAGGAGAAGGUUCGCCUCCGCUACAAGCUCAUCUUUACCAUGGGCGACCAGACCUACAACGAGAUGGGGGAUGUGGACCAAUUCCCCCCACCAGAAACCUGGGGGAGCCUCUAAAACAGAGGAGCUGGGGAGAGGAGGGGAUGGAGGGCCAGUUGCUUUCCAGCCUGGGCAGGGGCUGUGGUGGCCUAGGACACUCUGCUCCCCAUGGCCACCUUCCCCUGGCCUGGUGCUUCUCCCCUCACUGCUGGGGUAGCCAAGUGACCCCUCUCUCCCACGCUCUGCUGCGCCCACUGAGCCAAACCCGGCAGGAGGCUGGGCCUGGGUUUGCACUGCUGGGAGCCUAAAGCAGGGGAGCUGUGGGGCUGGGAAGGACUUGGGGUCAAGGGGAGGACGCACAGCCAUUGGGUGCAGCCCUGCCCCUGGCCUGGGGUGGGUCUUCCCCACCUGUCUUAUGCCUUACGGGAAGGCCCAGCCAUAAGCCAUGCUGGAGCUGGGGACCAGCCGGCCUCCUUGUUUGGAACCCAGUACUAUGGAGGCGACACCUGUGCCCCCAGCUCUUUGCACUCUUGGUAUAUGGUUUGGCUCUCUUCUUUUGGAGUUUGGCCGUGUGGCCACAGUCUUGGGGCCAUGUUGGGGAGCCCCACAUAGCCCCCACUCCUGGGGUCUUCCCUUCGCUGCCAGCCUCCUAAGGGGCUGUGGAGUCCAAAGGCAGUGCAAGAGGCCGGUGGCCUCCAAGGGGCUGCAGAGCAUCUGGGGUUCUCCAUGUGUGUCCACUCAUUGGCCCUCCUGGGACCUCCAGUGGACAUCACCUCACAUCUGUCCAUCUGUCUGUCUGUGGUCAGAAGUGGAGUCUGUGUGAGUGAGAGCAGAAGUAUUUAUGAAAAUAAAACAUCCUUUUUC